AUGCCGAAGGGCUUCUUUCCAAGUGAUCUCCCUCUGGAUCCGACAAUCGACCUUGAAGCGAGAUCUCGGAGUCUCGACCUGGAACAGCAAGUCGGUGCGCUGAUUACCGAAAGGGACAGCCUCCAGCGAAACAUGGAGAAGCUGGAGAGCGAGAACCGCAAGCUCGUGGACAUUGCGGCCAAGCUAGCUGCAGAGUUCGACCGACGGGCAAGCAGCGGGCUUGACGUGGGCAUGACGGCUCUGGUGUGGGAUUUACAGAUUAGCCAACGGGAUCUCGCGUCCGAAAGGAAGAUAUC